GGCGGGAGCGGGGCGGGCCUCCUUCCCUUCCCUUCCCUCUUUUCCGAGCUCCUCCUUUGUCUUCUCUCAUCCGCGCACUCGGGUGCCUGGUGUUCCUCGAUAGUGGAACCCUCGGCCGGCGAGCGGUUAUGUCUGGUGGAAUGGACUGGAGGAGGGAGAGGGCGACCAUGGUAACGCCAGUAAAGGAGCCCGUUAGUGAAAGAUGCAGCAGAGUCUGAGCGUUUAUUAAGCGCCUGGUGUGUACCAGGCAUUGCAUCUGACGGGCAGCAAGCAUUUACUAAGCGCCUGAUGUGUACCAGGCAUUGCAUCUGACGGGCAGCAAGCAUUUAUUAAGCGCCUGAUGUGUACCAGGCAUUGCAUCUGACGGGCAGCAAGCAUUUACUAAGCGCCUGGUGUGUACCAGGCAUUGCAUCUGACGGGCAGCAAGCAUUUAUUAAGCGCCUGGUGUGUACCAGGCAUUGCAUCUGACGGGCAGCAAGCAUUUAUUAAGCGCCUGGUGUGUACCAGGCAUUGCACUAAAGGCUGGAGAUGCAGAGAGAGGGAAAGGACAGAGCGUAUCCUCUAGGAGCUUACAGUUUAACGUCAUACCCUACUCCAAAGCUGACCGUUGUGCAGCACGUGGUACAGCCUGUCGGGAACCAUUUAUUGGCCAGAUUCUGGCUUUUUAGAACCAUCUCAGAACAAUCUUUUUGCUUUUUUAUUUUCUUGCCGUACGUUGGACUAGAUAGAGUUCUUUUCCUAAAGCCCACGGCGGUCAGCUUCAUCAAGUCCACCGGCAGGUGGCUGGCCGGAAUCAGAAAGACUUAAGUUCACAUCUGGCCUCGGAGACAUAUGAAAUCGGAAAAUGUAUAUUCUGAGAGAGGAUUAUGUCAAAUUACCAAAUUUUAAUAGUCUGGAGACUUACUGAAGCGGUGUUACCGUACCUCCUUACCUGGUGGUCUACCUUGAGCUUUCACACAGUUUUGUAGCCUCAAGUAAACUAAUAACCAAUGAUCAAACAGAGCUCCACAGAGCUGUGACACAACUUUAUUGGUCCCAUUUGUGCACAUCACCAGAGGAUAUGGCAGCCCUGGGGGCAAUGCAAGAGCCACUCUCUGCUUCAGCUCACAUCAGCUUUCCAUCACCCGGAUCCCAUUCAGGGCCUCCACAUCAUGAGAUGCUACUGCACCUCCAGGACCCCCAAUACGAUUAUAAGACCAGGACUGACAACAAGUUACUGAUCCCAAAGCAGGAAAUUUCUGAAGAAAUAGAAUGUUGUGGAACAAUAUCAGAAAUUCUCCAAACAGAUGUAUUCCAAAAACCCAAAUUUGGAAAAACUUAUGAACUUCAAAGGAGGUUAGAUAUUCAGGUGGGUAUCCCAUCUGAGAAGAGAUGGAAAAACUCCCUUUCCCAGCAGAGAAAGGCACAGGUGACAGUCAUGCAUGAAGAAACCCCUAGAGAUGAGAGAGGUCAUGAAUGUUCUGAAUUUGCGAGAAACUUCAGUCUGAACUCAAAUCUUGUUAUAGAGCAAAGAGUUCCUAUGGGAGCGAGAUCUCAUAAAUGUGAUACUUGUGGCCAAAGCUUUGGCCAGCGCUCAGUCCUUAUUCAGCAUCUGAGAAUUCAUACUGGAGAGAAACCUUUUGAAUGUAACGAAUGUGGGAGAGCAUUCAGCCAGAGAUCUGAAAUUAUUAGGCAUCGGAGGAUUCAUACUGGAGACAAACCCUAUGAAUGUAAUGAAUGUGGCAAAGCAUUUAGUCACAGAUCAACCCUCAUUGAACAUCAAAGAAUUCACACUGGAGAGAAGCCUUUUGAAUGUAAUGAAUGUGCAAAAGCCUUCAGAGGAAGAUCAGAUCUUAUUCGACAUCAAAGAAUUCACACUGGAGAAAAGCCUUAUCAGUGUAAUGAGUGUGGAAAAGCCUUUAGUCACCGAUCUGUCUUUAUUGCACAUCAGAGAAUUCACACUGGGGAGAAACCUUAUGAAUGUCAUGAAUGUGGCAAAACCUUCAAUUGGAGCUCGAGCCUUUUCCAACAUCAGAGGGUUCAUAGUGGAGAGAGACCCUAUGAAUGUAAUGAAUGUGGAAAAGCUUUUACACAACUUGCAGUUCUUAUUGACCACUUAAGAACUCAUACUGGAGAAAAACCUUACGAAUGUAAUGAAUGUGGGAAGGCUUUCAGUCAUGGCUCAAAUCUUCUUCAACAUCAGAGAAUUCAUUCUGGUGAGAAACAAUAUGAAUGUUGUGAAUGUGGAAAAACUUUCUGUCACAGCUCAAAACUUAUUCAGCACCAGAGAAUUCAUAGCAGAGAGUGACCUUCUCAAUAUAGUGGAGAAUUCCCAAAAGUUACUUUGGGACAAGACCCUAUUAAAAGUUUUAAGUUCAAGGGUGGGGCCCAUUUUUAUCUAACUUUCUGUAGGAUCUAACCUGGUGCCACAUAGUUUAAUAAAUGUUUUUGCUUGGCUAAAAUGAUAAUUAAUCUUGAGUGACAUUUCCCCCAAUUGGUCAUCUCUCUCCCUGAGAGUUAAAGUUAUAUUCCUUAAAAACACAGAAGAAUGACAUUCUAACUUCAGGAUCAUUUCUUUUCCAUCAUAAAUUGAUAUGGAUUAGGCAGGGUGGCUCUAUUUCUUUCCUUAUAAGUCUCAUUGAGAGAAAAUGAUACCACCCCAUCAGAGAAAGUCAGGAAGUAAUGAGCCUAGUUUUUACUGUUUUAAGGUAAUAUCUGUGGAUGGGAUAUUUACAUAAAGAUGGCCUUCAAACAACUGGAUUUAUAGAACAAGGCUGGAGAUAGAGACAAAAAGAGGCAUUUAUGUAUAGAGGGUACCCAUAUAGUGGAGUCUUGUGAGUGGGCUAGCUUCCUCAGUAUACGGGGUAAGGCAAAACAUCCAGAACUAAAAGAGAACAGAGAAAAUAAAGUUUAAA